UGAUCUAUUCCAGUUAUGGUAGGUUGAGGUUACAUGCACAAUCCUUCAGGAUUGAUGAGAAUUAUGGCUUAUCGGGUAUGGGGCAAAAGAGGGGGAGAGAAACACUCAAGCAUUUUUAGGGAUACCACAGAUAAUCCUCUUUUUUGCUUGGCUCUGUGCCCAGAAGCCUUAAUUUUCUUGGAAACUGUCUUGGUCUGUUUCGAUUGCUGAAUAUGUUGAGUUCGAACAAGGACAAGGAGCUCUCAGAGCCGUUUAUUGAUCAUCCCGAAUCUGAUGGAGUAUACACGCUGAAUCCGACGAUUGCGACAAAGAAUGGCAAAAGCCGUCUUCAAAUCUUCCUCUUCAUUUUGCUCGGAGUCCUCAUUGCCUCGUUGAUAUGGUGUCUAGGCAUCAUUGCAGUACUGAGUCGUACUCGAAAUAUCGCACCACAAGAUGUGACCAGCUCAAGUCCUCAGUCUCCGUCUAUCCAGAAAGAAAAUCAAUCGAGCAACUCUCCCAUCAACAUCCUUCACUGUGGCGAUAAUCCCACCGAAGCCAAAGCAAUGGGAUGCAAAUUCCAAAUUCACUCAUACGCCUGGGUGCCAGAGCCCUGCUUCGACCCAGUUCUACACGAGGAGUGGCUGAAGAUCCGAGACUGGGAAUAUUAUACCGACAAGUACGACCAGGGUGAACCGGUGAAUAUCAGCGUCGCUUUGACGGGAGAAAGACAUCUCUAUUCGACUUGGGGACAGCAUAUUGAGCAUUGUGCUUUCACUUGGAGGAAAUACGUUCGGACGCAGACUGGAUCGGGGGUGUUGUUGACAAACAGGGAUCUUUCUUAUGAACAUGCUCAUCAUUGUUCGGAUGCGCUGCGGACAAAAUUUGAGCAUCCUUGGGAGGAGGUGAAUACGAAGGUGACGGUCGAGUUUCACAUGUGUUAGAUAGAACGUGUCAAUAUGAAUGUACAGAUGUUGUUGAAUUUAUAUCAAACUU